CGCGAGGCGUGUUUGGUGGAGGUCAGUGCCGCCACAGCCAAAUCCAAGACGCGGGUGAGCAGAGUCGACAUUCGCUAGGGCAUCCACGUAACACCAAGCCCGGCGCUCGUUUUGCGUUCGCCGGAAUGCAUGCCAUCGCCCACCAUGGCAUCUUCCAAGAAGCUGGUCGAGUUCCCCGACGUUGAGGCGAAGCUGCAGAAGCCCGCCAAGAAGUCCGUUUUCGAGCGGCAGAAGGAGGAGGCCGAAGCAAAGCGCCAGCGCGAGGAGGCCGAAACCGCCGCCCUCCUCGAGGACUUCCGCAAGAGCUUCGACCGCGGCGGCGACAGCGACAGACAGCGCGACGGCCGAUUCCCCGCUAACCGGACAGAUAGGCCCGCAAGACUCGCCGACCGCCCGCUCGGCUUCGCUGGAGGCUCGGGGAAACGCCAUUUCGGCGCGCAGGGCCUGAAGAGCGGCCCCGGCUCCCUGGGCCCUGCCCCGACGAGCUACGCCCGGAAGAGGCCGUUUGAUGCCCCGCGCGGGGUCGAACGCGAUGGCGCCGGGCGGGGCCGGGCGCCCCUUGACGAGGAUGGCGGCUCGCGGUCGAUAGCCAAGGCAUUCGACACGAGCGAAGACGAGGCCGAGUCCAUGGCUGUUGAUCGGGCCGAGGAGAAAGCCGUGGCCAAGCCUACACUUCGGCUGUCAAACAUGCCGCCCGCCACCUCCCCUGCCGUCAUCAAGGCCCUCAUCUCCACGAGCCUCGCCGUCGAGAGCGUCAAGAUACUCCCCCCGGCCGGCGCCAGCGCCACCGAGCGCAAAUCCACCACCGCCAUCGUCACGCUCGCACCCGACACGCCCGCCACAGAUAUCGACGCGGCAGUCAGCGCAUUGCAGAAUCGGUACCUCGGCUUCGGCUUCUACCUCUCUCUCCACAGACACCUCUCGUCCGCAGCCAUGACGGGAACACUUGUUGCGGCGCAAUCGUCAUCAACCUCGGGCUCUCAGCCUUUUGGCGCGAAGCCCGUGCCCAACCCUACCGGCAAAUCAUCCCUCCACCCCCCGGCCCAUGGCCGUGGCUUUGCGCCCCCAACAUCAUACAACAAGGCUGCAGGUGGGCAGGCUAGCCGUGCUGGCAUUCUACAUGUCCCCGUGCGCCCUCCGCGAGACAUCAAGCAACUACGCACAAUACACAUGGUUGUCGAGGCUGUGCUGAAAAGCGGGCACGAAUUCGAGGCACUCCUGAUGUCCAGACCAGAAGUGCAGCGGGAGGAGAGGUGGGCAUGGAUAUGGGACGCUCGCAGUGAAGGCGGGGUCUGGUACCGCUACCGGUUAUGGGAGGUCAUGACGGGAGCCACGGCACAGCGUGGCCGAGCCAAAUUCAUGCCGCUAUUCGAGGGUAGCAGCGCCUGGAAACUCCCCGAACAGCCGCUCUCAUACGAGUACACGACGGGCGUUGAUGAGUUCGUGUCCGACUCGGAGUACAACUCGUCCGACGAUGACGAGUUCGACCUCGACCCCGGCCGCGCUGGGGACGCGGCCGCUACAGCGAACGAAACCGAAGAGACGCUGCUGAGCCCCCUCGAGAAAGCCAAACUGACCCACCUCCUCGCGCGGCUUCCGACCACCAUGGCCAAGCUGCGCAAGGGGGACGUUGCGCGCGUGGCCACUUUCGCAAUAACCCAUGCAAGCCGAGGUGCGGAGGAGAUAGUCGAUCUCAUCGUGUCCAACGUCGAACACCCUUUUGCCUUCUCGCCGGCGAACCCUGAACACAAGGACAUGAAGGGCCAACAGGGGGUCGAGCCAACAGGCCCAUCGACGAGCCCAGACGACAAGCGGCCAGCAGAGCCACAGGAUACCAACACCGCCAAGGUAAUCGGUCUGUAUGUGAUCAGUGACAUUCUAUCGUCCUCGUCCACAAGCGGCGUCCGCCAUGCUUGGCGUUAUCGUCAGCACUUCGAGACCGCUCUGAGGGGUCGCAAAGUCUUUGAGGGGCUCGGGAUGGUCCCCAAGAAGAUGAAAUGGGGCCGACUCCGAGAGGACAAGUGGAGGCGCAGCAUAUCUCUGAUACUGGACCAUUGGGAGGGGUGGUGUGUUUUCCCCGUUGAAACCCACACCCUCUUCGUUCAGAGCUUUGCGAACCCGCCCGCGUUGAAAGAGGGUGGCAAGGAAGGAGAGAGUGGGGAGGGCGAGGACGAGGCCAAGGUCGACGAGGCGCCCAAGAAGGGAAGAUGGAAGACUGUGGAUGCGGUGAGCAAGAAGGCUACCGAUGAUGAUACCAAGAAUUUCAGGGCGACAACACCACUCGGCGUUACCCCAGCUGCCGGUCUGGAUGGCAAGGAAGACUUGGAGGAUGAGCCGUAUAUGGAGUACACGGACGACGAGGACCUUGACCUCGAAGUCCUUGCCGAGGAGGAUAUAGACGGAGAGCCACUGGUUGAAAGCCAGAUGGCCGGGCUUUCCAUGGAGGAAGGCCAGGACGCGGACAUGGCUGACACUGCUCCUCAGUCCUCGGAGCCGGUAGUGGCACCCCCACCCAUAAAGACGGUCGGCGGGUUCCAAAUGGCGGCAUCCGUGGUAAACCCAAAAAAGCGGGUGAGGGCGAUUGACAUGUUUGCGGGCCCGGACUCUGAGAAUGAGUAAAGGGCACUCAAGAAUCGAACAAGGCAUUGUGAAGAAACAGCGCCGGCAACGAAGCUAGAUGUGACCUUUGAGGUUGCGCUGUGCCGAGAAGAGCAGGCCGUAAGAGCAGGCUGUAGCGUCACGAUGACGCUAUGGAUGGAGACCUUAUCGACGAGAUCAACACGGGCCAGAUGGGUGUUCCUUGCCGCUCAUUUCCACAUGGCCCUACCGGGCUGUCUUCAAUGAUGGGGGUAGACGGACAGGGCGGCAUGAGAUCGCCAAGAGAUCUCCCUCUAGGGCCAUGUGCAUGGAUCUCCGGCGGAGGGGUCACGCCGUUUCCGAGCACGAUGAGGAUGAGGACCCCUCGCCUGCCCAAGGCAGUUUCCAGGUACCCAGAUGAGGGGGCCGGCGGUUUUUAGUUUUAUCUCUUGAGUGUAUGUAGAUAGAUACCCAGACAGACAACGCAUGCUUUUCAGUCCUGGCCCGUAGUACAUACAGUUGGCUCAAAAGGACGGCCUUCAGCAAUCGGUCAGCCAAUCCGCGAGCUACUGUGCCUUGGGCUGUCGGAGCAUCCAAAACAGGCCUACCAAGCCGGACUGGUAGGCGGCGUUGGUCUCUGACUCGGCUCCAGAGCCGGCUGACACCGGAUCAAUUGCGUGCGCUGAC